CCAAGACAAAACACAGAGGCGUGUGAGAACAUCCAGAGAGCCGGUGAAAGCUCCCAGUGACAGCAAGGCACCGUUGGUUACCCUAAUGUCUCUGCCGGAUUACUGGAACCCUGAUGUGUUGCCUCCACUAGGACAUGCAGUACACUGGUGAGUAUGCCGCUCCGUCCGGCAUCUUGUUUCUGGUUACUGUCAAAUAUCGUCAUUUGUAUUUGUCAAAUAUUUUUUAGUUUGUAUUUUUUAUGUACCCUUCAGGUGGUGUUAAUCAAGGUAUUUGUUUGGUCAUUCUAAAUUUGUUAAUUUUGGAAGUAAACUGUAGGUAAUAUUGUGAUUUAUUUUACACAAUGGAAUGGAUUUUACCCCCAUCUCCCAGAUUUAAUCCUUCUGCCAUUGAGAGUUACAGUUUCUUCUUCUACAGUUUCUUCCCAAUUAUGUACGAGAGAGUCAGCGUUUGGACAACUGCAUAGUUUUUUAUGCAGACACAACAAUUAUUAACAAGGCCUGUCAAUGAGACCCGUCAGCCCUACAGAAUGGGGUGGGUGGUUUUUUGAUGGGUGUUUGUGAUGUGACUUUCUUUUUUAUAUCUAGAUAAUCGAGCUGGAUGCAGCUUCUUCAGAAUACUCAAAAGUCCUCAAUAUCUUCAACAGAACCAUGUCAGGCUAUGACAUUCUGAGUAUCAAAAGAAUCCAGAACCUGGCUUUGUGGAAAUUCUUCAAUGAGCAAGCAGACCACAUGAGAAAAAAAAAUGGUGGAAAUGCCAAUGAACAAAUCCUCUUCCAUGGAACAGACUCCAAUCACAGUGAUGCCGUCUGUCAGGAGAACUUUGAUUGGCAGAUCCAUGGGACCGGAACCGCUUAUGGCCAAGGGAGUUACUUCACCAGAGAUGCCAGUUAUUCAGAUGCAUUCACUGGGCCGGCACGGAUCAAAUCCAUGUUUGCCUGUAGGGUCUUAUUAGGGCAGUACACCAAAGGACAGCAUAAUUAUGUCCGAACCCCAGCCAAGGAAGAUAAUUCAAGCUUGCUUUGUGACAGCUGUGUGGACGACGUGUUUAACCCCUCCAUAUUUGUUGUGUUUGAGAAACACCAGGUUUAUCCCGAGUACCUCAUUCAGUAUGCCUGGAGACGGCCAAACAUGUACCUCCCCCACCCACGCCUGUACAGGUGCCUCCACCCACACCCAGACAUGUGCCUUGCCCCCAAGCCCGAACAUGUGCCUCCACCCAAACCCAGCCAUGUUCCUCCACCUUUAUCCAGACAUGUGCCUCCACCCACAUCCAAAUAUGUGCCUCCACCCACAUCCAAAUAUGUGCCUCCACCCACAUCCAAACAUGUUCCUCUACCUUUAUCCAGCCAUGUGCCCCCACCCAUACCCAGCCAUGUGCCUCCACCUUUAUCCAGACAUGUGCCUCCACUUACACCCAAACAUGUGCAUCCAUCCACACCCAGAUAUGUUCCUCCACCCACAGCCAGAUAUGUUCCUCCACCUUUAUCCAGGCAGAUGCCUCCACCAUUAUCCAAACAAGUGCCUCCAUCCACACCCAGACAGGUGCCUCCAUCCACACCCAAAUAUGUGCCUCCACCUUUAUCCAGACCUGUUCCUCCACCCACACCCAGACAUGGGGGAGGUCCCUCGGUCACAUCUCAUGCCGUGGCCCAGUGGUCAUUGUCUCCUGGAGGCUCCAAGAACACAACGCAGCCAUCGUCUCCAAAAAGCCAGCCCCAGAGAGUUUCUCAUUUGAUUGACUACUUCCAUAAACUCACUAAUCAACAAUAAGGUUCAUUGUCCCCCCCAUUAUACAGUACAUGGUCUUUUUGCUUAUUUAAAUAUCUUCUGAGAUCAUAUAUUAUGUUUGUGAAGUGUCAUAGUCCGCUUGGUGCUAUGGGCUUUUCAGCUUUUCAUUUAAUCAUUUGUUCAGAUUUCACUUUGUCUGUAAUUCUGUGUGAUAUUCUGUUGAAGUAGCCAUUUCUUUUUAUUUAUUUUUUAUUCUAUUAUAUCUCAUUAGCAGACAGAAUAAAAACCUUCACAUUUUUUAAAGAAAUGUUAAAGUAGCAUUGGAAAUGUGUCUUGCUCUGCAAGGAAGGGUGUACUGUAGACGUAAGGGCCGCUAAGCUGCCAGUUAAACAUUUACCCUAUUCACCUAUGUUGAGAUCAUUUUAGAAUGUUUACCUUUUUGGCCUUUCUAAAAGCUGUUUUGUAAUCAAAUGUUAAUAAAAAGUGAUACGUCAAUAUGUCCAAC